CGAUAUAAAAUUCCACCCCACCCCCAGAAAAAAGCAAGUCCAGGUCUGUCUGAGUCACUGGCACAUCUUCGCGUUCGUCCCUUCUUCUUCACUUCGUCUCCCUCUUCAGUUUCAGUUCUCUCAUCUCUGCGUCGAGAGGAAACCAAACAAAGCUGCUCUCUUUCUCUCUCACCCUCUCUAGAUCUACAAUGUCUACUCAGAGAGGAAGGAGAAUUUUGUUUUCUCUGUUACCCUUUUUGGGACUCUUGUUGCUCUUCCAGUCCUCACUGAACCAACCAAAGCAGAGUCCCAAAACCUCUAAAACCCCAAAAUGGCAUAUCCACCACCACAUCAAAGUGGCCCAUUCAGCCUGUGAAGGCACCUUGUACCCAGAACUCUGCGUUUCCACUCUAUCCACCAUUCCAGACAUCGCCACUAAGACGAUUCCCCAAAUCAUUUCUGUCACUGUGAACCACACCGUCCACGAAGUCCACACUUCCGCCUACAACUGCAGCGGCAUUCGCAAGAAACUCAGUAAGUAUCUAGACCCACUCCAAAAGAGGGCUCUCGAUGAUUGCCUCGAACUCUUCGACGAAACAGUCUCUGAGCUUAAAACCGCUCUCUCUGAUUUAUCUAAAACCUCAACCUCGAAGCGCUACCAUGACUUGCAGACUCUGUUAAGUGGAGCGAUGACGAACCAGUACACGUGUCUUGAUGGGUUCGCCUACAGUAACGGUAAAGUGAGAAAAAAAAUCGAGAAGAGCUUGUACGAUAUCAGCCAUAAGGUCAGUAACUCCCUAGCGAUGCUCAAGAAAUUGAAGAUCCCCAAAGCCAAGUCUUCCACUGCCAAGAGAAGAAGUAACAGAGAGGCAUUCCCUGGUUACGGGAAGAUGGUAGAUGGGUUUCCGAGAUGGGUGUCGAAGAAAGAUCGAAGGUUGUUGCAGUCAUCGACUAACACGAUCGAUUUCGAUCUGCUGGUGGCCAAAGACGGGACUGGGAACUUUACGACCAUCAGUGAGGCUGUAGCUGCGGCUCCCAACUCAACAACGACGAGGUUCGUCAUUCAUAUAAAAGCCGGUGCUUACUUUGAGAAUGUGGAUGUGGAUAAGAAGAAGACGAUGCUGAUGUUCAUCGGAGAUGGGAUCGGGAAGACAGUGGUGAAAGCUGGUCGGAAUGUCGUGGAUGGUUGGACUACUUUUCGAUCUGCAACUGUCGCUGUGGUGGGAAAUGGAUUUAUCGCCAGGAACAUGACCUUCGAGAACUCAGCUGGACCCAGUAAACAUCAAGCAGUGGCUCUCAGAAGUGGUUCCGACCUAUCAGCUUUCUAUCACUGCAGCUUCGUUGGGUACCAAGACACUCUCUACGUCCAUUCCCUCCGGCAAUUCUACAGAGAAUGUGACAUCUACGGCACCGUCGAUUUCAUCUUCGGCAAUGCAGCUGUGGUGUUACAGAAUUGCAAUCUCUUUUUUUUUUUUUUUUUUUUUUAG